AGUGUGUUUGAGGUUGGACUGCAAGAAGACAACAAAGACGCACUGACUCCUUAUACAUAUUUGCACAAGUGGAUGGAAAGACCAAAUGCAAUGGAGCAACUAAACGGCGGUGCAGAGAUCGGGCCCCUGUAAACUACAAAGAAAAAGAGAGGGGGAGAGAUGCCUGAAUGAGACAAGAGGGAAUGAAGAGUGUAAUUAAGAGUUUUGUUGAAGAGUCGAGACCUUUUUGCACAAUUGCGCGGAUUCGCUCCCAUGCAAAUACGCAUUUGGCAAAGAUGACAUAGCACUCGAGAAAAUGGGAUUCCUCCAGGAACAGUACUCACUCGCGACCUGAAUGAAAAGAUAAAAAGGGAUAUUUUUUUUCUUCUCCUUCUUCUAAUAUUACUUGACAAGGCUUCGGCUGUGAGCGAACGCAGAUUGAAAUAUGAAUCUGGGCAAAGCACUUCUGUUUUUCCUCCUCUCAAACUGUGUGACAGUGACUUUCUUGCUAUCCACUUGCACCACAGUGGACAUCAAACACAUAAAGAAAAAGAGAGUGGAGGCCGUCCGGGGACAGAUUCUCAGUAAACUCCGACUGACCAGUCCGCCUCAAACAACAGGUCCAAGUCAAGUACCGUUUCAGGUUCUGGCACUUUAUAACAGCACCAAGGAGCUCAUUGAGGAGCUGGGGAAAGACCGGCAGCAGAGUUGCGGACAGGAUAACACGGAGACAGAGUACUACGCCAAAGAGAUUUACAAGUUCAACAUGAUCAAUGGGCCACAAGAAAACAAUGACCUCCCCAACUGCCCCAGGGGCAUCACCCCCAAGAUAUUCCGCUUCAAUGUGUCGAUCAUGGAGAAGAACGCCACCAACUUAUUCCGGGCUGAGUUUCGAGCCCUGCGGAUCCCCAACCCCAGCGCCAGGAGAAACGAGCAGAGGAUUGAGCUCUACCAGAUCCUCCAGAAAGAUGACCCCAAAGCCAAACAGCGCUACAUUGGGGGCAAGAACGUCCUGACCAAAGGAACGCCUGAGUGGGUCUCCUUUGAUGUUACGGAGACGGUGAGAGAGUGGCUGAUGAAUCGACGGACCAAUCUCGGCCUGGAGAUCAGUGUGCAUUGCCCCUGCCACACCUUCAGGCCUAAUGGCGAUAUAAUUGAGAAUGCCAAUGAGGUACUAGAGGUCAAGUUCAAAGGCAUGGAAGCAGAGUAUGACGAGCAGAGCCGUGUGAAAAGCCAAAAGGAGCAGCUGUACCCCCACCUCAUCCUCAUGAUGCUUCCUCCCCACAGGCUGGAUGCCCAGUCUUCCUCCCGAAGGCGCAAGCGGGCACUUGACACCAAUUACUGCUUCAACAAUUACGAGGAGAACUGCUGUGUGCGACAACUAUAUAUUAAUUUCCGGGAGGAUCUGGGCUGGAGGUGGAUUCACCAGCCCGAAGGGUACUAUGCCAACUUCUGCUCUGGUCCCUGUCCUUACCUACGCAGUGCAGACACCACCCACAGCUCGCUGCUGAGCCUGUACAACACCUUGAACCCCGAAGCGUCCGCCUCUCCCUGCUGUGUUCCUCAGGACUUGGAGCCCCUAACCAUCCUCUACUACGUGGGUCGCUCCCCGAAAGUCGAGCAGCUUUCAAACAUGGUCGUCAAGUCCUGCAAGUGCAGCUAAACUUCAAGGUCUUCGAGGGAGGGAAGGGGGUGGGGGGUGGGGGUGCCCUGUGAGAAGCAAGGCAUGGGAUUUGAUCACUCCCAGCACUGCUCCGAAGCGGGUAUGAGGAAUUAAAGCGGGCAAUGUACAGUUUGGCCUCCAUGAGUACCUCUUUCCCAUGCUUCAGCCUUGCCCAAGCUCGUAAAAAACAAACAAAAAAAGAAAUGGAGUCCACUACAGCUAUAGACUUAGAAGACCUGUCAUACACCACUUCACCAACAACGCUCUCAAACCCAUCAGACCUCUUGUUGACCUUCAGUAAUUACUUUCUGACAUCAGUGUUUCUCAUAUUUUUUCCAGCAUUUUGUACCUCAUGUCCACGACUAUUGAUAUUCAAAGGCCAUUUUCAGUGAAAGAGGAACAGAACAAUGAAUGACCAAUCCAUUCUCAAGGAUGCAUUAAAAAGAGAGAGAGAGAGGGAGAGAGACAGAAGGACUCAGAAUGCAGACUAAACUCAGCAUACGCCAAAAGAGAGCAAACGCAUCACACGGGACACAUUCAAAAAGUCCGAGCUGGAAACUGACGCUGUGCGCGCCGCGGCUCCCUACACUGUUUGUUUAGGAUUAAAUGCUGUCGAUUAAAAAUGAUCGUAGGAAAAAGAAAAAAAAAAAAA